AUUAGGUUUGUAGAAGAUUACUCAAAUUUAUCGAACUUAUUUGUUUAUGUGCGACGCAGUAUCGUGGCUCUUUACGAUGAUAUAUGCCAUGAAGAGUUGAAGGGAGCGCUGGUGGCAUUUUGGAGCAAGUUUAAAUUGUUUUACAACGUAGUCAUUUUACUCAAUGGCUGAAUCCAAGAAAGAUGAUGAUGUUAUUAUGCCCCAGCAUGACGAGAGCAUCAUAACUCCAGGCUUAGCAGAAAGAUUGGGAAACAGAGAUAUGUCGGAAAAUAAACAAUCCAAGAAUACUGUUUAUAAACAGAAAGAAAUUGAAGAAGAAGUGGAAGGAAAAAACAUACAAAAUGAAGAAUGUGAUAAUGGAACUGAUAAAAAGCAAGAGCAAAGUGUGAGUUUGAGUGUGCGUGGAGAAGAAAGAAAACUACAACUUUUGUUUGAACUAAAAGAGCAAUUUGAGCGAACUCAAGGUUCGCUCGAAGUAGUAAAAUAUCUUGUUCAAGAAGGCGCUGAUUUAACUUUCAAGGAUGCACACGGGAGAACUGUGCUAUACUCUGCUGUUACUAAAAGUACUUUGGAUAGAGUAAAAUAUAUUGUUGAUAACGGCGCUGAUGUAAAUAACAAGGAUUAUGACGGGUGGACAGUGCUGCACUCUGCUGUUACAGUAGGUAGGCUUGAGAAAGUAAAAUAUCUGGUGGAGAAAGGCGCUGAUGUAAAUGGCAAGAACGCCAAUGGAUGGACUGUGCUGCACUCUGCUGUUACUGAAGGCUCGGAUAAAAAGCAACAGCAAAGUGGAAGUAUGAGUGUGCAUUGGGACGAACUAGGAAAGCAAUUUGAACGAACAGUUACUCAAGGUUCGCUCGAAAUAGUAAAAUAUCUUGUUGAACAUGGUGCUGAUGUGAAUUCCAAAGAUACUUAUGGGCAGUCUGUGCUGCACUCUGCUGUUGCCAAAAGUACUCUGGAAAUAGUAAAAUAUCUUGUGGAGAAAGGCGCUGAUGUAAAUGACAAGACGACGGACGGUUGGACAGUACUACACUCUGCUGUUACAAAAAGCACAUAUAAAAAGCAAAAGUCGAGAGGAAGGAUGAGCGUAGGUGAAGAAGAAACAAAAAUGCAAUUUCGGGUUGAACCAAGACAGGAAUUUGAACGAACAGCUACUGAUGUAAAAAGUAAGGAUACCGACUGCUGCACUGUGCUGCACUCUGCUGUUACUGAAUGUACGCUUGGAAUAGUAAAAUAUCUUGUUGAAAAGGGCGCUGACGUAAAUGGCAGCUAUACCGAUGGGUGGACUGUGCUGCACUCUGCUGUUACUGAAGGUACUCUUGAAAUAGUAAAAUAUCUUGUUGAAAAGGGGGCUGAUGUAAAUGGCGAGAAUACUGACGGGUGGACUGUGUUGCACUCUGCUGUUACAGAAGGUACGCUUGAAAUAGUAAAAUAUCUUGUUGAAAAGGGCGUUGAUUUAAAUGGCAAGAAAACAAAUGGGUGGACUGUGCUGCACUAUGUUGUUAAAAAGGGUACGCUUGAAAUAGUAAAAUAUCUUGUUGAAAAGGGCACUGAUGUAAAUGGCAACGAUACUGACGGGUGGACUGUGUUGCACUCUGCUGUUACAGAAGGUACGCUUGAGAUAGUAAAAUAUCUUGUUGAAAAUGGCGCUGAUGUAAAUGGAAAAAAAACAAACGGGUGGACUGUGCUGCACUCUGUUGUUACAGAGGGUAGGCUUGAGAUAGUAAAAUAUCUUGUUGACAAGGGCGCUGAUGUAAAUGGCAAGGAUACUGACGGGUUGACUGUGCUGCACUGUGCCGUUACAGAAGGUACGCUUGAGAUAGUAAAUUAUCUUGUUGAAAAGGGCGCUGAUGUAAAUGGCAACGAUACUGACGGGUGGACUGUGUUGCACUCUGCUGUUACAGUGGGUACGCUUGAGAUAGUAAAGUAUCUUGUUGAAAAUGGCGCUGAUGUAAAUGGCAAAAUAACAAGCGGGUGGACUGUGCUCCACUAUGCUGUUACCAAAGGUGCUCUUGUAAUAGUAAAAUAUCUUGUUGAAAAGGGGGCUGAAGUAAAUGGUAGCAAUACUGAAGGGUGGACUGUGCUCCACUCUACUGUUGCUAAAUCUAACGUUGAAAUAGUGAAAUAUCUUGUUGAAAAGGGCGCUGAUGUAAAUGGCAAUGAUACUUACGGGAGGACUGUGCUGCACUCUGCUGUUACAGAGGGAAAAUAA